AUGGCCAAGCCCGACCACGCCGAGACCGAGACCGAGCUCCUCGGGCGCUACGAGCGCCGGCUCGUCGAGAAGUACCGCUUCGCGCUCGUCGACAUCAUCGACGACCUCUGCUCGCUGCUCAACCUCUUCCGCGUCGCAACCGGCGAGCUCGACGUACUCGAGCCGCUCGCGGCCAAGAAGCUCGCGCAGCUCUGUCCGUUCCUGCGCACGGCGCGCGACAAGAUUGCGCUCCUCACGCAGGCGACGCCACUCUUCCUCGGCUACGACGACGUCCUGAGCUACAGCAAGCUGCUCGAAACGGAGAUCAAGGCGCUGGACCCGCGGCCACAGCCGUGGAACGCGCUGCGCGUCUACGACAAGGAGUUCCAAGAGCACUUUGCGGUGCGCAUCGACAAGCUCGCAGCGCUGUACCUCAAGCUUGCGGCGCAUGUGCCGACGCUGCGCCAGGACAUGGAGACCCAAGCGAGCGUUUUGCGCAUCCUCACACGCAAGCGCAACGACCUCGUGGCCUUGCUGCGCGAGAGCAUGGCGACGACGCACUUGCCAGCAAACGCCAAGAAGCACAAGUCGGAGCUCAAGCAAUGUUUGAAUGCCCUCCUGGCGCCGCACGCGGAAAUCGCCAAGACGCUGCGCGUCGCGAAUGCAUCGGUGCUCAACGACGGUGGUCGCUUUAGCGACGCCGACCUCGGGGCCAUUCUCUCAAGUCGCGAGGCCAUCCUGCGCUUUGAGGAGGCGCCGGGCGAGUUUUGCGCACUGGUCUCAACAUCGAUCGAGACGUUCCUAGCGCAGCUGCAGGUGUUUGAAGCCGCUUGCCGCGAGGACUUGUUUGCGGUCGUUGCGACGCCGCUCAAGCUCGGAUUCACGCCCGAGAAAGCGGUCGACAGCGAGAUGUUUGUAGCCAUUGGCCAGGAUCUGCACGCGCGCAUGAAGGAGCUCACGUCGCUCCGGCACUCGAUCAAGUACCAGACCGUCGUCGCCCACUGCAAGGGUUAA